CGUUGUUUGGCAAAUGCAAAUCCACCCGUCGGUCCACGGAGUCAACGGCGAUUUUUGGAUGGCGAUCGUGGAUUUUUGGUUUAGUUUUCUGAUCCGUAAAGGCUAGUUUGUGAAAAACCCGGAGUGAAAAUGGAACACAUCGUGCUGAAGACGAAUUUUGGUACCAGUGUCUACUAUGACCAGGACCAGAAAAUCCGCUUUGAUCCACCGGUUUACGAACAGCGAUACUCGUCGGUUUUACGUUUGCUGGAGUUACCAUGCUGGAAGGAUUCGCUGAAAAAGAUUGUCGAGUUUGGAUGUGCAGAAAUGAAAUUCUUCCGGUUGCUGCUGACGCUGCCAACGGUUGAGCAGAUACUUGAGGUGGAUAUCGAUGAACGAUUGCUUAAUCAAUGCCAGCACCUGGUGAAGCCACUACUAGCGGACUACAUCGUGCCUCGGAGCAAACCGUUCAAAGUGGAUGUAUGGCGUGGUGAUAUAUCCUUGGGACACAGCUGUCUCGAAGGCACGGACGUUGUAAUCGGCAUUGAAAUCAUAGAGCAUCUACAUGCACCGGUACUCGAGCAGGUUCCGGCGAAUGUGUUCGGAUAUAUCAAACCAAAGGUAGCACUGUUCUCCACCCCGAACGCCGAGUAUAACGUCCUGUUCGAUGGAUUGCUGGCGAACGGUUUCCGCCACGACGAUCACAAGUUCGAGUGGACCCGGGCACAGUUUGAGCAGUGGGCUAACGAUAUCUGCCGGCGUUAUCCGGCGUAUCGGGUGAAAUUCUUUGGAAUUGGUCCACCGCCGGCCGGUUCCGAAGCGAUCGGACACGUCAGUCAGCUGGCGGUGUUUGUGCGCCAAGAUGUGCUCGAUGGCUUCGACGAGCAGCAGCCGGUAACGGAAGAGGCGCCUGAGCCAUCCACUGCUUCACAGCAGACAAAGCCACUCAGUAUGGUGUUUUGUGAGGAAUUUGGAGAGGUUGUACUCUUGAACCCUCAGCCAGUAGACGACCCACAGCCAACAGAAGCUAGUAGUGUUGGGGUGGAUCAAGAAUCAGUGCUUCGACCACCGGCCGAUCUGCUCCCCCGUGACGAUAUCGAAGACGAGCCAGGAGUUCGUGGAGCUUAUGAACCGUACAACAUGGAUCUGUACGAUGAAGAUGAUUAUGACGACGGCGACGAUGGCGACGUGUACGACGAUAUCGGUGACGACAUAGGGCUGGUUCCUUACAUUCCUGAAGAACAGGACCCCAUCGAAAGGCGAAAUCGCAGGGACAGUGGUAACUUUGAGGAGGUGGAGGAGGAGCAGGCACAAGACAGCUAUUGGAUCGUUGCCAGCUGGUUGUAUCCCGUGGCGCAACCAGAUGAACGAUCGCGUGAGCAGCGACUACGAGAUGCGGCCGAUUAUCAGAUACGACGGUUGCGCUACGCGAGCGAUGACUUUUGGGAUCGCGAUAGUGACCAAAUACACAUCCCACUGGACAUCGUACACGGGUGCAUCGCAACGGAGGAGGUAAGCAUUGAGGAGCUGCGCGAACUGCUCCUAGCCGAUGGUCGCUACCAACUCGUGGACGAUGUGCUCCUGCUAGCGGUCGAGUAUUCCUCCGAUGAGGAUGAGGUGGAUUACGAGUUUGGAGGAGAUGGUGGCUCUUAUGAACAGGAUUGGCCCGAGGAUGCGGCAAAGGAUGAGGAGUGCCAGAAGGAACCAGCAGCGCAGCAGAUCGCCAAAUCACUUGCAGAGGAUAAUGAGCGGUGGGAUUGACUCGCAGUUAAUGGUGGUCAGUUGGGACGUUUAAAGGAAUCUUUUAAAUUUUGAAUUCAGCACGGGCUAUGAAAUGCAAAUAAAUGAAAUGAGAUCUGUUGGACUUUCGUAA